AAAUUAUUAGAGCAGUGGAGCCAAAUCCUGAAGUUGAUGAUUCUGAUGAAGAGGAAGAAAUAAAAUUGAAUGAUAUGGAAGAAGAUAUUGAAGCUAGGGAUCUAAUUGAAUAUAUGAUUGAACAUGAUCCAGAAAAAAGGUAA